AUGAGUAGAGCGCUAAAUCGAGUUUAUGUUAUUGGUGUUGGCAUGACCAAGUUUGAAAAACCAGGUCGACGAGAAGACUUUGAUUACCCAGAUAUGGCCAAAGAAUCUACUACAAAGGCUAUUAAAGAUGCUGGAGUAUCAUAUAAAGAUGUUGAACAAGCAUUUGUUGGCUAUGUUUACGGCGACAGUACAUGUGGUCAACGUGCUCUCUAUCCACUUGGUAUGACUGGUGUACCUAUUUUCAAUGUCAAUAAUAAUUGUUCGACAGGUUCAUCUGCUCUGUAUUUAGCUGCUAAACAUGUUGCAGGAGGCCUAGCUGAUUGUGUAUUAGCUCUCGGUUUUGAAAAAAUGCAACGUGGUUCAUUAACGUCACAAUUCUCUGAUCGUACAAAUCCCAUGGAUAAGCAUAUUGAAAAAAUGUCGGAUCUAUACGAAUUUGCGAAUGCACCAGGUGCUGCUCAACUUUUUGGUAAUGCUGGCCGUGACUACAUGAAAAAAUAUAAUGUUUCACCGGAUGUAUUUGCUAAAAUUGCUUGGAAAAAUCAUAAACAUUCAAAAAAUAAUCCAUACUCACAAUUUCGUGAUGAAUAUACUUUAGAAGAAAUUAAAAAUUCACCCGUAGUCUAUGAACCAUUAACAAAGUUACAAUGCUGCCCAACAUCAGAUGGUAGUGCAGCAGCUGUCAUCGUGAAUGAAAAUUACAUUAAAAAACAUCCUGAAGUGCAAAAACAUGCUGUUGAAAUUCUUGCCAUUGAGAUGGCAACUGAUCUUCCAUCAACAUUUGAUUCCAAUGAUUGCAUGCGAUUAGUUGGUUACGAUAUGGCUAAACGUGCUGCUGACAAAGCUUAUGCAACAGCUGGUAUUAAACCAAGUGAUGUGCAAGUUGUCGAAUUGCAUGAUUGUUUUUCGGCGAAUGAACUCAUCACAUAUGAAGCAUUGGGCCUAUGUGGAGAAGGAAAAGCUGGUGAAUUUGUCGAACGAGGUGACAAUACAUAUGGUGGAAAAUAUGUUGUCAAUCCUAGUGGUGGUCUUAUUUCCAAAGGCCAUCCAUUGGGCGCUACAGGUUUAGCACAAUGUGCUGAACUUUGUUGGCAAUUGCGCAAUCAGGCUGAUAAGCGACAAGUUCCAGGUGCUCGAAUUGGGCUUCAGCAUAAUAUUGGCUUAGGUGGUGCAUGCAUUGUUGCCAUUUAUCGUCUUGGAACAUUUACUACGAUUCGUGUCAAUUCGAAACUGUGA